AUGGAGUGCGGUGUCUACAUGUCCAAGCACCCAACUACGAGCACCAUGGCAGCCACGGCUCACAGCGCUAUGCCCGGCUUCGGCGGUCCGCCCCCCAAUCUGUCCUUCGAUCCCUAUCCAGCUCACCUGCUGGAUCUGGUCGAAGAUCGUGUCGCCAAUGACAAUGCCGAGACAACAGAUGUCAAUACCGUCAUGGCCGGCCCGCAUAAUAUCCCGGCAAAGACACCUACCAUCAUCAGAGGCCCGGAUAUGGAACCCUCGUUGAUUGAUCCGAACCCGCCAACCUAUCACAGCACGGCAGAGUUGGUCGUCGACAUCGAGCGUCGCAAGAUGCAUGAAAAGCGUGGUUGA